GAACAACAAAACCAUCGUGAUAUCUUUAGUCUGACCUCUUCCGCCUUGUUCAUUCAACGCAUGCUUCUCUGAGCAGCUGUGUGUUUAUCAGAAGUCAAAAUGAACCAAGAGAAAUUGGCUAAACUUCAAGCCCAGGUCCGAAUAGGGGGCAAGGGCACAGCACGCAGAAAGAAGAAGGUGGUGCACAGAACAGCAACAGCUGAUGACAAGAAACUCCAGAGUUCAUUAAAGAAACUUGCAGUUAAUAACAUAGCUGGCAUUGAAGAGGUGAAUAUGAUUAAAGAUGAUGGCACAGUCAUUCACUUCAAUAACCCCAAAGUGCAGGCGUCUCUGUCUGCCAAUACCUUCGCCAUCACCGGCCACGCAGAGACCAAGCAGCUCACAGAAAUGCUCCCAGGAAUACUCAGUCAACUCGGUGCGGACAGUCUCACGAGUCUGCGCAAACUCGCUGAGCAGUUCCCCAGACAAGUUCUCGACAACAAAGCUCCAAAAGCUGAAGAUAUUGAUGAAGAAGAUGAUGAUGUCCCAGAUCUUGUAGAGAACUUUGACGAGGCAUCAAAGAAUGAGGCGAACUGAUCAUUUGACCUUCUGUAGUUGCUGUUAAGGAUGCAGACUUCUGCAGGAUUUUAACUAGAGUGACUGACAUAUCAUUUCAACACUAUCCAGCAAAUCAGAGACUUUUAUAUCAUGAAUUGGUAGUCCACAUCCUUCCCAGACCAUUCUCCUGCACUUAUACAGAAAAAUGGACGGUUACAAGCUUAAUGGGUAUAAGUCUUAACCACAAUGCUAGUUGAUAUUUUGACUGCUGUGGCUAUGAAAAAUAGUCUUACUUAUUUUUUCCUGUUAAUUAAAGAUAAUUAAAACUUAA